UUUACCUACACGGCACUUGCGAACUGUCAUGGCGUAUUGUGGUGUACGUUUCUGUGCACAGUAAAACAUAAAUAAUGAUUCUUAGACGGAAAAUACGUGAAAUGUGCUUUAAAAAUUACUGUGGCUAUUCAAAAGUAUCAUGAUUAAUGUGUAUUAGUGUAAAUAUACGUGACAAUGGACAAGAAAAAUGCUAUUCGGAGGGCAAAAAGGCCUUCGAAGGCGUUAGAAGAAAAUUAUUGGGAUUGUAGUGUUUGCACAUAUAGAAACAACGCGGAAGCUUUUAAAUGCUCAAUGUGCGACGUUAGAAAAGGCACGUCGACGCGCAAGCCGCGUAUCAACCCAGCACUUGCGGCUGCGCAGGCGGCAGGCAGUACCUCACAGAAGCGGCCACGGUCCACCUCACUAAAGAAGAAGCGACGACAUCCACCACGGCUCAGCAACGUCGAUAGGAGCUCCGCACAGACUAGAGAAGUAACGGUAAGCGGUGUCACAGUUGUGAUAACAGAAUACAAGCCGAAGAAAUCCGUCUCCAGCAGUUCCAGCGAUGUGGAAUCCUCUAAUGACACGAGAACUUGAUCUCUAUCUAAAAUAUAAGAUAACAAAUUUAUUGCCGAAUUCAAUAUUCGAUCCUUGGAUUGAUCUGAAGAUUAUUUUAAUUUUACACUUUAUCUACACUUUCUUAAGUCUAUCUUUUCAUUUUUUUCUUUAUCUUAUAAUGAUAUUGGCUGUCAGAUCAAAUACCAAGGAUUACUUCAAUUUUAUUGUUUAAACAUUUUUAAAUUGUGUUUUAUAAUCUGGAUUCGUGUUCUCAAUAAUGAAAAGUUCGUUUAUUUGCUAAGUGCUGAAGGAACUAAUUGAAAUGUUAUACAAUGGUGUGUAACCAUCGUCUAAGAAUCAUUAUUUGAAUACCAUCGUAUAAAA